AUGGGUAAAUUGAAUAAAGAAUAAAGGCUUGAAAAAUAAUUAGCUAAAAAAAUAGAGAAAUAGGAUGUUUAUUAGUAAAUCAAAUUAUAAGAGACUCAAGAAGAUGAUUUUAAUGUUGCUAAUUUGAUUUAAACACUUGAAGACUAAGGAUAAUAGAUAGAUAGUGUUAAAACUCAAUACUUAAGAGUACAAGAAAAAGCAGUAAAUCUAAUCAAUUAAAUAUAGAGGAUUGUUUAAGAACCAGAAACUCAAGCUGAAAGAGACUAAUAGGAACGUAAAGUAGCUGCAACAGUAAUGAAGUAAGAUAUAAAAAAAUGGUUACCAAUUGUUAAGAAAAAUAGAGAAUCUGAGAGAAUUGACUUUACUAAAUAAAGGAAUGUUUAGAUAUCUAAGAUGUAAAAUAUAAAAAUAUAAAUUAGUUCUGAUACAUCAAAUGCUUUAUUAAAUAAUCAUUUAGGUGUUAAAUUAUAGAAUGCUAUGGAAGAAGUUGAGAAAGUUGAAUAAAAAUAAGAAUUGAAUGGAUAAUCAAAUUAAUAAAAGAGUAAUCUACAAUUCUAUAAUGAUCUUAAAAUGAAGAAGAUUUCAUCAAUUAAAUCUAAAAUAUAUAAAUAAAUAAAGAAAAAGAAAGGUAAUAAAGAGAAAUUGAAAUUAAUGGCUUAAUUAACACCUGCAGAAAGAAGAUAAGAAAUUGAAAAAUUAAGAUUAUCAAGAGCAAAAGAAAGAAUAACACUUAGACAUUCAACUAAAAAUAAAUUUGUCUCUUAACUUCUAAGAUUUGGAGGAGACAAGAAAUCUCUAAAAUAACAAUAGUCAUUCUUAAAUAAUAUUAAACAUUAAUUAUUAGCUAAAGCAUAACUUAAUGAAUUAGAAGAUGGUGAAUUUGAUGAAGAAAACUUUAGAGAAUAAGCAAUAUCAUAAUUGGAAUAAGAAUUAUAAGAUAUUGAAAAAAGAGAGAAAGAGAAAUAAAAUAAUUUUGGAUUCUUAGAUAAAUAAAAGAAAUAAGAUUUAUAAUAAUCUAAAUCAAUAGCAUAGAAAUUAUUGACAAUGCUCAAAUCAGGAAAUGAUGAUGCUAUAUAAUUAGAUGAAUCAGAUAAUCAAGAAUAGAAUAGUGAUGAUAAUUAUGAACCAAAUGUAAAUGGUGAUAAAGAUAAAUCUAAUAUAAAUAUUGAAAAUAAUGAAUUUAAUGGAAGAGCUAAUUUUGUUAAUGAAACUAAAUAAUUAACUGAAACUUAGAAAAAGAGAAUUGAUGCUAAGACUUCCUUAUCUAAUUAUUUAAAUUAAGAACCUGAGAAAUUAUAGUAAUAGAAUAAAUAAGAAAAGUAAUUAACUAUUUAAGAUGAAAAGAAAUAAUUGAUUGAAGGAUUAAAUAUAAAAAAUAUUAAAUAAAAAUAUGAAAAAUAAGUGAAUUAAAAAUUAACUAAUUAAGAUUUAAAGAAAUUAUAAUCAGAUCCAGAUGAAUUAUUAUAAUAGAAUUUAGCUAAUUUUAAUUUAGUUUUGGAUGAAGAUGAAGUAUAAAUAAAUAUAUAAUUAGAAUGAAAAUGCAUUUAUAGAUGAGAAAAUAAAAGAUAUGGAAGAAGAAUUACCUCCUGAACCAGCAAAUACAAAAGGAUGGGGAUCUUGGGCUGGAUUUGGUAUCAAAGAGAAAAAACCAUUAACUUAAGAAUAGAUUUUAUAGAAUAAAAUAAAGAAAAUUAGAGAAAUCUAGAAGAAGAGAUAAGAUGCAAAAUUAGAUAAUGUUAUUAUUAGUGAGAAAAGAGAUGUUAAGGUAUAUAUAUAUAUAUAUCAUAAUUAUUUAGUUUUCUAAAUACUUAGUUCCUAAAUUACCUAGUGAAUUUACAAAUUCUGAAUAAUUUGAUCAAUUACAUACUUUACCUCUUGGUCCAGAAUGGAACAGUCUAACUAGUCAUUCAGCAUUAACAUAACCAUAAAUUAUUACUAAAGCAGGUGUUGUAAUCAAUCCUGUCAAGAUUCCAUAACAAAUAAACAAACUUAUUUGA